GGCGGGGAUGCGGAAACGGAAGGCUGGGACGGCUGGUGAGGGGGGGAAGGGGAAGAGGAGACGGGUGGUGGUGGAGGAGGAGGAGGAAGAAGAAGAAGAAGAAGAAGCGUGUGUGGUCCCGGGGUCGCACGCGGUUGAGGAUAUGCGGAGUGAUGGAGAGGAGGGUUUUAGCGGGAGUGAGGGGGAUGAGGGUUCAUCUGGGGUUGGAGGCGACGAUGACGACGACGACGACGAAGAACCCGCGACAACGCUCCCGGGACUCUCGAAAUCCAACUCCAACGCCACCCGCGACCCCAAGAUCGUCGUCUUCACCGACACCUCCACCACGCACACGCGCUCCACCGGCUCCAAAGGCGACUGGAAAGCCUUCAUGUCCUCCUCGAUCAAGAGACUCUCCUCGGUCCCCAAACCCGCGUCCAAACUCACACCCACCGAAGCCGCGCAGGAAGUACAGGACGUGCAGAACGACCGCUCGCUCGCCGAGCUCCUCCGCGCCUCCAAGCUGAUCGACGACUACACCGCGGCGACGCUCACGGGCCGGGACAGACGCAGACACCUCGAGCAGCGCACGAUCGCGCUGGGCGGCCAUAAGGCGAAGGUCAACGUGCCGCAGCAGAUCAAGACGGGGAUGGACGCCGCUGAGCGCGCGCGCGCGGCCAAACGCUUGCAGACCGCAAAGGAGCUCGGGCUGUACCACGCGUCGCUCAAGACGCAGAUCAUGGGCGCCACGGGCGAGAAGGAGCGCGAGGCCAGGACGGAGCGGAUCAGGGAGCGGGUGAAGCACAGGAGUAGGGGCGUGGAGGGCGGGUUUGGGAGUUUCAGGAACGGGGUCCUGAAGGUUAGUAAGGCGGAGAUUGAGAGUGUGGAGAAGACGGCGCGGAGGGUGGCCAAGAUCGGGAAGCCGAGGAGGAAGGCCGGCGGGAAGGAGAAGAAGCCGAAGAAGUUUAGAAGGUGAUUGAAACGAAAACUCCUGGAUGGGAAAACGGCGUGCAUAGAGCGAGGCGCGCUGCCAAAGACGGACCCCCCCCCCGUUCCGCUUGCAUUCUUCCCCACGUCUCUUUUUGUACAUACGACACAUAAGCUUAAUUUAUCGGACGCCCAUACCAUCACCCCAACGCAUCAUGAUUUUAGUGCUCAUCUCAUUGAGUUAUGCCGUAUGCAAGUGUGGAAUAGGGGGUUUGCGUCAGUGUCGGGAUUUGUGUAUGCGUGUCUGAGAAGGCUAACGAGUCCAGAGCGGUCUUUCCGUUUCAAUCACCCUAACUGUAUG